AUGGAUUGGAAGAUAUAUAUUUCGCCUUUCCUCUCCAUUUUCUUGACCUUAAUUCAGAUAACUAUUGCAGAAUUAACACCAGAAGAAUGCAGAGACUUAGGAUUUUCAGUGAAUCUCAUCUGUAGCUCAUGUGACGAGCUAAAACCUUUCAAUCUCACAUCCGAACCUUCGUUAGAGCAGAAUUGUCGAAAAUGUUGUCAAGCUGAUGGCCAGGAAGAAGCCACGAAGGUUUGUCUAAGAUAGAUUUUUACCGACCGAAAGCCUCAUAACGAUUUUCACAUGGUCGUGGGGUCUUGCAGUUUUAAUUGAUUCAAUCGACAGUCGAUGAUGAUCCAUCAAUCAAAGGCAACGAUGGGUUUUUAUCGAUGUCAAGGUGUUACUACUGUUACAGUGCUGAAAAUCAGCAAAUCAAUAACCCUUGUGGUCUAGCACACUGUGCAUCUAUGGUAUAAAAAUUAACAAACAGGACUAAACAGGUGAUGUCAUUUGACAAGUCACUUGCAACCAAUCUCUGGCCAAAAAACCAUCAUUCCUCCAGCUUGAAGGUUUGCAGAAGUUUGUAAAUCAUUCACCUGUGGCUCAUGAUGUACAAACUAUUCUCUUGUUAUCCCAACAUCCUGCAUUUGGUAUAAGUAAAGCCUUUAUAUGGGCUUAAGGGGCCCAUGGGGCUGGUGCUUAACUCCAUUUUCCUUAGCAUGAAGUGGCUAGGAGUAUUGCUACUCCUCCCUGGAUGGGAUGCUAGUCCAUCGCAGGGUUACCCCAGCACAUUUGCUGAUACCCAUUUGUACACCUGGGUGAAGAGAAGCACUGGUCAGGGCUCGAACCUGGACCACCCGAUCCAGAGUCCAGUGCACUAACCAUGAGGCCACUGUGCCUCCACUGCAUUUGGUAUAAUACUGGUAAAUGGAAAGUGCAGUUUAUUGCUUAAAUCAUUUAAGUUAACCCUUUCACUUCUAAGAUAUCAUUAGUAAUUCCCCCUUACUGUUUGCCAUACAAUUCUUAUGGUGUUAGUGCAAAGAGAAUUUGGUAGAGGAUCAACUAAGAAUCCCCUAAUUGACAUUUGUAUUUUGUCAUCACUUGCCUGCCUGAUAUUGAUUUGAUAAUGUAAGGAGAAAAUUCUGUCUUGGUUACUCAUAAAAGUGUAAGAGUUAAGAACCAACCAAUUUGCAUCCAGAAAAUGAUACUUUUUUUUUUAACCAUUUAACUCCCAAGAUCUGAUUGCUCACUCUCUCAUCUGGCUGCUAUACAUUUCCUUGUAAAAAAGUAACGCGAAUUUGGUGUUAUAUUAUGAUAACAACCUCUAACUGAUAGGUUUGACUAAUCUCAUUACCUGUCUGUUGGAUAGUGUAUGGAUAUUGUAAGGAGAAGUUACAUAUAAAUCACUUCUGGGAGUUGAAGGGUUCAAGUCCUUUUGUAUUUAAAUGUGUUUCACAUUUUUAUGCAUUGCAUUGAAUAUAUGUUGGAUUAUUAUGGUUACAAACUGAACACUUUCCUAUUUUAAAUGAAGUAAGCUGUCUUGGUAAAAGACAGGUCAUUGGUAUAACAGAAUUCGACAGUUUGUGUUAUUAUUUGUAGAGAUACGCUUUUGGUACUCUUGAAGUGUGCAACUGAAAGCUGGGGAGGUUCCCUCAGAUUCAGGGUGAGAAAAACACAUCCAAUAUUCAAUUUAAAACUGUAAAUUUCUAUUAUUGAGACUCUAUUACAAUUAUUUAACAGGAAAACAAUUUAUUAAUGUCAACUCGUAUUUUUUUUAAAAUAUUACUAAAUAUUAUUUGAUAAUCCCAAAGAAUCUAAGAAAGUAAUAAGUUUGUGAUUUUUCAAAUCUAUGUUUGUUUGUUUGUUUUUUUUUAAUUUUAAGUUCUGUUUUUAAUAUACCUUUUUUUUGCACUGUGUCAACCACUAGUUUGUAUUACAUUUCAACAUGAAAUUAUAAGAUAUCUCUUCUCUUGAAGGUGAAAUUCACUCACCAGUAUUAACAUUGUUUUAAAUUGCUUUAUAUCUCUGCCUCAGUAUCAUUAUUGUAUGUUUGUUUUUACAGCCUUUGUCCGUAGUGACAGGCCUGAGAAGUUCCCUAAUCUUAGGAUAAACGUGAGUUGAAUAGCUCUUAAAUUUUGUAAAAAGCAAACUCAGAGAGAAUAUGUUGAGUUAUAAAGAGAGGAAAAAACAAAGGAAAGGAAAUAUUGAAAAUCAAGAGAAACACAAUUUUACUGUAUUGAUCAAUGUUCAUUUAGAUUUAAAGCAUGUGCCCAAUUAGGUAGCUUUUUUUAGAAUAUUCCACACUAAUGUACAAAUGAACUUACUGUCCCAUCUUUAUUGAACUUAGUUCAUUAGUCCAUAAAAAAUUGGAUGGUUUUGAUAUAGAAUUUUUCUAAACUGUAGUUCGUACGAGGAGCCGACCCUGUUCUAAAGCUUCAUGAUGAGAGUAACGAGGUGAAAGAAGUUCUAAGGUGAGUAAAUGAUAUUUGUGAUUAAUUUUUAGAUUAGUUAUAUACCAACAAUAGGAAGAAGGUUGUAGAAGUACUUAAGUGUUAUUGAAAAGUUGCUAAGCUUAUUGCAUCCAAGGGUCUUAACCCUUUCAUUUCCAGGGGUGUUCAAGAUGUAAUUUCUCCUCACAAUAUCGAUACAAUAUCAUGCAGACAGGUGAUGAGAAUAUUGGGAACCGUUAACUUACAAAUUCAUGCUUGACUCAGCACCAGAUUCUCUGAACCAAGGUUAUAGGAAGGAAAUGGCAGAUAGUUGAGAGAAGUACCAUGAUUGGGACCUUGGGGCAAACCCUUUAACUCCUAAGUUCUGAUUGUUAAUUCUCCCUUCUAGCUGCUGGACAUUUCCUUGUAAAUUAGUGAUGAGAAUUUGGUAUUAAAUCAAGUGAACAAGGGUUAAGCCAAAUCGUAUUAUACCAAAUCAUGUUAUACUCUGACCAGAUGGUUCAGAUACUGAUAACAUUUUUCAGGGAUGAAAGGUGCAACUUCUGGCUCUGAAAGAUUUUCUUUUUCCCUUUGAUGUUGAAUCUAACAAAGUAAAAAAAAUAAUAAUCUUGCUCUGCACAGUAAAUAACUUCAGUAAAUAACUAAUCAUUUUAUUUUGAUGAAUCAAAUUUAGGAAGCCUAAAAGUAGUCCUGAUUCCUUUUUUUUUUUCUUUCUUUUUUUUUUUUCAGCAUUGAGAAGUGGAACACUGACAGUGUGGAAGAAUUUCUCAAUGAGAGACUUGCAAAAUAAAAUUAUUUAGUUAUUAGAAAAAUAUAUAAUGAGAAGAAACCUUGUACAUUAUGAUGAAAACUUCAUGUAAAACCAUGAUAGGUGUAUGAAGUUGGAGGAAAUUGUGUCCAAAGGACUUCUUUAAUAUUUGUUGAAAAAAAAAAACUUUAAAACAGAAAAUGUCUGUUGUUUCAGACGUGCUUAAACACCAGCUGUCUCAAUAGAUGGCAUCAGAGUAGUAAGAGAAUGUCAACAUCUGGGAAUAAGAUAUUAUGGAAAGUAGUUCCAGAACCUUUCACUAGCUAUGCCUUUAUUUGUUGUGAAACGUACUGCGGUGCUUUUCAGUAGCAUGUAAACUCCUGAAAUUGGGAUGACAUCAGUGACAUUUUUUUAACAGCCUUCAAUCACAUUAUGGACCUUGCAGCAAGCUGGUGCAAUGUUUCAAAAGGGUAUGAAAGGAGUUAGAUCCAUUUUGUUUGUUUCUGCCUUUCAAUGACUCUUACAGUAAUGAUUCCUUUCAAAGGAAAUUGUAAGUGUGAGUAACAGUCUCAGAGUUUACACGUUUCUGAAAGGCAAUGUAAUCUUAACAAUUGAUCUUGUGCAUGAAAAGCUACUAGUAAGCAAACUCUAACAAGCUUUUAUCCAUAAGCCCAUUGAAGGUAACACAAGUUAUAAAUUCUCACAAAUAUCUUUUGGGAAAAAUGACAGCUAAUUUAUGCUCUGUUUUCAUGAUGACUUUACAGUAAACUAGAUAUGAGUUUGUAAAGUUGGAGGCUUUGAACAGAAUGAUAUUAGUGAUACAUCCAUCUUCAAUUGCCUGUUAGAUAUGUUGUUUUGGGAACUCAUUUGCAGACUCUUGUAUAAAAUGCUAUUUAAUAAAAGUAUUGUUUCUGGUGGAAUCCUGUUUUGCAUAACUUACUCAGCAAACUUACUAAUGAGUAAUGACGUUUUCCAAGAACAUCCAACAGGACAAUAUUGAAAAAAAUUAUGCUGCAUUUCACUAAUCAUAU